AUGCCCUCUAAAAAUACUAGUGAUUCUUCCUGCUUGUGUAGUAAUAAGACAUUACUAUUUGUAGUCGUAUUACGAAUAGUUAUUUCUCAGUCCACUGAAUGUUCCAUGUGCCUCUUUAAUGUCAAAUUGAUUGUCAUAUUUCAUGUUGGGACCAAGUGGUUUGCCCAGGGCACACCAGAAUUUAUGACCUGUGAUGCCUCUCAGAAAACUGAACACACUAUGAAGACAGCACUUCUUGAAAAAAAAAAGAAAAAAAGAAAACAAAAUUUUCCCUAUUUGUCUUGCUGUCCAAAAUAUUAUAUUAUGUAG